AUUUUGAUCCAUCACUUGUGACCUCAAGCUCCACAUAUUCUCAUCACACCCAUGUCUGAUUCCGAUAACUGUUUCAACGCCAACAACGGUCUCUCUACAAACGUAACGGGGGAGAUCACUGUAGCAUUGGUCAUUAUUACCUUCUUCCUCUUCAUCGUCGCCUUUGUACUCUACCUUCGAGUGAAGGGUUAUUCAGGAACGAUCGGUUUCUCUACUCCCACCUCUCAUCAUCUAAAUCUCCAAAAACAAGCACUUGAUCAGUCCAUCAUAAAAUCCCUCCCUGUUACUCUCUUUCAAACUAAAGAAUUAGUAGAGUGUGGCCUUGAGUGUGCAGUUUGUUUGUCGAAGGUAAAUGAUGGAGAAAAGAUCAGGUUCCUGCCCAAGUGCAAGCAUGGGUUCCAUAUCGAGUGCAUCGAUACGUGGUUUCUCUCAAACUCAACAUGUCCUUUGUGUAGAAACCCCGUCAACUUGGCUGAGAUUCCUGUUCAGUCUCUUGAAGCAGUUUCAGGAACUCAGCGAACUGAAGAAACACAGAAUCCAGUGACAAAGGUGCCAGAUUUGGACAGGUUGGGAUCUCUGAGAAGAAGUUUAGACAGUAAUUGUGUUUGUUCUGAUAUUGAGCUAGGAAUACAGAAGAGCAUUCCUGUAUCAGAAUCAGCCAGUAGCUUGUGAGCUGAGCAAUUCAAGCAAAAUAGUUGGGUAAAUGUAUGAGUUACUUUCGAG